CCUUAUCAGGCGACUCGCUUCAUUGGCAUCGAGCGCUCUCGGUCUACAAUUCUACAUCAUCCAACCGAAAGUUGGGUUCAUUGAACAUCUAGGAUUUGCUCCUGCUAGAACGAACGGCUUCCGUCACGAUGGAGCCCCGCAGAACCCCUCCGGAGUACUUUCUGGAGAUCUUUGCGGAUACCACCACUGUCCGAGACGUGCUCAAAGGUGUCUUGAACCUGAUCUUCUUCCACCGCUACUUCCCCUCGAUCCGACCGACUACAUUCGAUGUUCUGGACUUCACUCUUCCUGCCAUCAACGAUGUCGACCUCGAAACCCUGAUCGACUCCCGGAUCAGCUCCUUGGUUCGCCAACAUUCCUCAUCCACCACCAGCGCCCCUGACGGGGGCGGCGGCGGAGUGCGCGGUCGCAUCGCCGUCGAGUUCUACGAAAAGAAGCGCCGACGCUCUGGGAUGUGGUUCGGCGGACUGGCAGGCAAAGGGGAGGAAGAGGUAUGCUGGGAGGUGUGGAAUCUGGACGUGACCAUUGCCACGCCGCGGACUGAAUCAGAACGCGCCAAGGUACGCAAGGCCAUGGAGAAUAUGCUCCAGAAGGCCGCACUGAAGAUCCUCACUGUGGUCAACCGGGACAAGGAUCACAUCCCUCCCAUCACCACCAGUGAUUCCAACCCCUUCCCCUACCGCAUCGUGCUGAACCCCCGCACGGAUAGCUGGCAAAAUCGCCUUGGCUUGUACUGAUCGCUGCGGGCUGAACGCCGAUUUGGAUGACGGGCUGGGGCAUUGCCGGAUCAUGCUGCCAGGUCUGCCCUCGCCUCCGUCUUUCCCAGGUCCCCAAAGUCCUGCCAUCUGGUUGAUCCGUCCGUUCAUUUCCCAUCCUGUGUCUCGGGAGGCUCGCCUUGGCCUGCACCUCCGUAUGUUAUUUAUUAUCUUGUCGGUUACCUACUGGAGGGUCUUUUGAGUCGACCCCCUGUGUUAAGAAGAACACGUUCGUGGAAAGAGGGCACAAAAAAAGGACUAUGGAAUUUCCGGGUGGAAAC